AUAUGUGGUUUAUGAAACCAAUUUUCAGGUUUACAUACCAGCAUUAUGAGACCAAUCGGUUUAUGAGGCCAUUUUUAGUGGUCUCUUAAUUCUGGAAAUUUAAAUUGUCAUAAUUAUUAACAAAUAAUUAAUAAAAUUGUUAUUAAUGUGUUUAUGAUUACUAAAUGCAGUAGUUUAUUGAUUAGUGUUACUAUUUUACUUCUAUUACACUACCUACCCUUUUUAGUAGCUUUAUAAAUAUGGUCUUUUAAACCAUGAUGUGUCUGCGUAAACUUAAAACAGUGCCCCUGUAGGAGGGAUUUGGUAUUGCAAAGUUAUACACCUGGCGCCAAAUUACACACACAUUCGCGCCAUAAGCGUUUGGCGGAAGUUACCAGCUACGCAGUUCGCGCGUUGGCUGCCCAAAUGAAGAGUCGCCGCACCGGAGUGAACAACGGAGUCUUCGAAGAGAAUGAGUCGAAUGAUGAGACGUGGCAGAGGAUUAAAUCCUCUCAAAGAUGCCAUACACCAUGUGAAAAUGGGGAAAGACAAAAACAUAAUAUCAGAGCGAUACAUUAAUCCCGCCAAAGGUCGGGGAGUAUUUGCAAAUACCCUUAUUGUAAAAGGUUCCUUCAUUCUUGAAUACAGAGGAACUUUAAUUGAGAAAGGGGAUUUUGAAGACAUAUUAAAUGAAUAUGCAUACUUUUUUAACCACCUAGGGCAUAACUACUGCAUUGAUGCCUCUUAUGAUAAUGGCUCACUCGGUCGACUUGUUAACGAUGAUGAGAAGCCAAAUGCAAAAAUGAGGAAAAUUCUAGAUGUUGAUGGAAAGCCACAUCUAUGUUUGUUUGCAAUCAAGGACAUCGAUGCAGGUGAAGAAAUAUUAUACGAUUAUGGAGGACAUAACUUGCCAUGGCGUUCUCGCCAUGGACAGGAACAUUACAAGCACCUUCAUGAGCCCGUUGCUCCAACCAUGACAGCAUGUGACAUCAGGUCUCCUACAGAGCACCUUCAUGAGCCUGUCGGUCCAGCCAUGACUGCAUGUGACAUCAGGUCUCCUACAGAGGACAUAACCGUUGGAUCCCAGCAGGAAUCCACAAGACCAGGCAGCGGUGAUGAUGAAAGAGGAAGAAAGAGAAAAGAGAAGAACGUUGGAGUGAGAAGGAGAGAGACAGCCAGAGUUUGCAAAGCACAUCAACUUGUCAAAGAGGAGAUGAAUUCGCUUGAAAAAUGUUCUGUUUGCUCUGGACCGUUUUCCCCACUGAAGUGGUGGGGGCUGAAAUGUAAAGGGCUUUUGGAAAGCAGGCCAUGUCCAAACACAUCAGAAGGACUAAAAGCUGACAGACAAAUCUCUGAAAACGAUGUCUCUAGCAGAGGAAGGCGGAUGCCCAAAAGGAGACCAUGGACGAAACCUGAGGUGAACGCUGUGAUGAGACACUUCAAAAUGCACAUCAGCAAAGCUCACUUGGCAACAAUGAGGGAGUGUGAGGUCUGCAAAAGGUGCGAGCAUCCGGUCCUUCAAAACCGGUCCGUCCAAAUAUACGUGAUUUUGUAUGGAACCGAGGGCGAAAUUUUAAACACGUGGAAAAUUAAGUCGAAAUUUUAAUGUUCGUAGUCCAAGGGGCUAAUAAUCUGUUUGACACAUUUUAGUUCUACUCUUUUAACUUGUAAUUUUUUUGAUAAAAAUGUAUGUAUUUAUUAGUUUCAAAAUAGAAAUUUUAAGAAAACAUGUUUUAUUCUCCUGCUGGUAGUGUUGAUCAUUUUAGUUUAUAUGUUUAAUCUGAGGGACUAUAGACCUCUGUUGAUGUUUUUUUAACUUUAACAUUUGUGGUGUUUCAUGAAGUUGGGUUAUGUUUUUCAUUCCUGUCCCUGAAAGGCAAUGUUUUGUACCUGUCAAUGUACAAUAUUUGACAAUAUGUUGUUGAAGAUUCAACACUUGCAACAUUAUAAUAAAUUACUACUAAUUUGA